AAAGGGGGCGGCGGCGGCUCACACCGGAUCCGGGCUCGGCGCGGCGCGCACCCGAGGGGGGUCGGGCGGGGAAACGGCUCCGGCCCGGACCCCCCCGCGGGAGCAGGCGACGGGCGUGAGGGCGAGGCGGCGGCUGCGGACUGGGAGCAGCGGUCGCUGGGACUGUGUCUUCAGUUUUUCUUCACGUCUUCACCGUGAAUUGUAGCAUGUCAGACUAAACAAGGUGUCUUAGUUGAAGUUUCAUCAAUUGUAAAAUUGGAGAUUUCUAGACUACUGAAAAGAAGCACUUUCAGAGCUGGAGAUGUGAAUUUAAAAACUCCUAUGCCAGGGUUCAUAGACCAUAUUGAGGAAAUGACUGUGGUGUUGGAAGAUCAUUACUUUUGGAAAGCCGGUUAGCAUCAAUUUCCUAAGAGAAAUUUGACCAUCAUUUGUUCUGGCAUGGCGCAAAGCAGUCCACAGCUUGAUAUUCAGGUCCUCCAUGAUCUCCGACAACGUUUUCCUGAAAUUCCAGAGGGUGUGGUGUCUCAAUGCAUGUUACAGAAUAACAACAAUCUUGAAGCCUGUUGCCGAGCCCUGUCCCAGGAGAGUAGCAAAUACUUAUAUAUGGAAUACCAUAGUCCAGAUGACAAUAGAAUGAAUAGAAAUCGCCUUUUGCAUAUUAACCUGGGUAUCCAUUCUCCUGGUAGCUACCACCCAGGAGAUGGAGCUCAACUUAAUGGUGGUCGAACACUGGUACAUAGCUCAAGUGAUGGACACAUUGACCCACAGCAUACAGCAGGUAAACAGUUGAUAUGUUUAGUUCAGGAACCACACUCAGCUCCAGCUGUUGUGGCUGCUACUCCCAACUACAAUCCAUUUUUUAUGAAUGAACAGAACAGAAGUGCAGCUACUCCUCCUUCACAGCCACCUCAACAGCCAUCUUCCCUGCAAACAGGAAUGAAUCCAUCUGCUAUGCAAGGGCCUUCACCACCGCCGCCACCACCUCCUUCAUACAUGCACAUACCUCGGUAUAGUACAAAUCCAAUUACUGUUACAGUGUCCCAAAACCUCCCUUCUGGACAGACUGUACCAAGAGCUUUACAGAUUCUUCCACAAAUUCCAAGCAAUCUCUAUGGGUCUCCUGGUUCUAUUUAUAUUAGACAGACAUCUCAAAGUUCAUCAGGAAGACAAACUCCUCAGAGUACGCCAUGGCAGUCCUCACCACAGGGCCCAGUGCCUCAUUAUAGCCAACGUCCUUUACCUGUUUAUCCACACCAACAGAACUAUCAACCUUCUCAGUAUUCUCCCAAACAGCAGCAGAUCCCCCAGUCUGCUUACCAUUCACCACCUCCUUCUCAGUGUCCUUCACCCUUCAGCUCUCCACAGCAUCAAGUGCAACCUUCCCAGUUGGGCCACCCGAGCUCCCAUGUGUUUAUGCCACCUAGUCCUUCAACUACUCCACCCCAUCUAUACCAACAAGGACCUCCUAGCUAUCAGAAACAGGGAAGCCACUCAGUAGCCUAUCUCCCAUACACAGCAUCUAGCUUACCCAAAGGUUCCAUGAAGAAGAUAGAAAUUACAGUUGAACCUCCUCAAAGACCUGGAACAACAAUUACUAGGAGUCCUUCACCCAUCAGUAAUCAACCGUCUCCACGGAAUCAGCAUUCGCUGUACACAGCCACCACGCCACCUUCAAGUUCUCCUUCAAGAGGGAUGUCUAACCAACCAAAACCUCCAUUUAAUGUUAAUCCUGUGUAUAUUACAUACACACAGCCAACUGGACCUUCAUGUGCUCCAUCGCCAUCUCCUCGGGUGAUACCAAACCCAACUACAGUUUUUAAAAUUACUGUAGGCCGAGCAACAACUGAAAAUCUUCUAAAUUUAGUGGACCAAGAAGAGCGCUCUGCAGCACCAGAACCUAUUCAGCCCAUUUCAGUGAUACCAGGCUCUGGGGGAGAAAAGGGAAGCCAUAAAUAUCAGAGGAGUUCUAGUUCUGGAUCAGAUGACUAUGCCUAUACACAAGCCUUGCUGUUACAUCAGCGAGCAAGGAUGGAGAGGUUAGCAAAGCAAUUGAAACUUGAGAAAGAGGAGCUAGAGCGGUUGAAGGCUGAAGUUAAUGGUAUGGAGCACGAUCUGAUGCAGAGACGUCUCAGAAGAGUCAGCUGCACCACUGCGAUCCCCACGCCUGAGGAAAUGACAAGAUUGAGAAGCAUGAACAGACAACUCCAGAUAAAUGUUGACUGUACACUGAAAGAAGUUGACCUCCUUCAAUCUAGAGGAAACUUUGAUCCAAAAGCUAUGAAUAAUUUUUAUGACAACAUAGAACCUGGUCCAGUUGUACCACCAAAACCAUCCAAGAAAGACUCCUCAGACCCCUGCACAAUUGAGAGAAAAGCUCGAAGAAUUAGUGUGACCUCCAAAGUACAGGCGGAUGUUCAUGACACCCAGGCAGCAGCUGCAGAUGAGAAUCUAACUGGCUCCACACAGAGUCCUCGGAUACAACCCCGAGAUGAAGACUACGAGGGGGCUCCAUGGAAUUGUGACAGCUGUACCUUUCUUAACCACCCAGCACUAAAUCGCUGUGAGCAGUGUGAGAUGCCACGGUACACUUGAAUUCAGAAGAGUCAGCACCAGGUUAAAAGCGAAACUUUUUGAGCACCCACAGAGGAAAAGGAAACCUCGGGAACCUAUUCAUCUGCCCAGCCUUUUCAUUUUCAAUUGCACGGGGGGAGGAGGAGGAAUGGCACUGUGGCCACUGUGCUCACAAAUGGAAAAAUGGCGAGGUCUUUCUUUUUCUCCUUUCUUAACUCAUUGCAGAGUGAGAGGUAGAAAGGAAUACUUGAAACUGGGGAAGGAUUCACUCCUGAAAGAAUGUACACAGAGCUAAGUCAAGAGCUCUUCUGUGGAAUCCUAAUUGUUAAAGUUACUGCUGAGUGGCCCUUAUUUUUUUUUUUAAGUCAAACUUUGAAUUGUAGUAUGAAAAGUUACAGUUUAUGCAGACAAACUGUGAAUUCCAGAGCAGGCUUACCUGGCCACAGCUCUCUGGAAAACCAAGGCUCCCUGUGCUUCUUCCUGCUGCUUCCCAUGAAGAGGAUAGGAAAAAGCACCCAGAAUAUGAUUUUUUUUUUUGCAAAAUAAUAGGGGUAUUUUUAAUUGCUGCUUUUUUUCAGGGGUAAUUUCAAACACACACAAACAAGAUGUUUUAAAAUGUGAUUUGUAGCAGUCAGGAAUUAGGCAUAUUAUGCCCAUCAUUGGAAAGUACAAUCAAAGGUGGUAAGAUCCCUUUGGCUUGUACAAGGUUUCAUCAAGCUGUAUCAACACUGGUAACUAAGACCUAAUUAUGCCAUAUAAGAGAUAUAUUUUUUAAGUUACUGUAUGCUUUUAUUAGGCCAUUUGUUUUAAAAAUAACAAAUCCUUACAAAGUAUGAUUUUAUAAAUGACAUUCUUAUAAAACUGCGCUUUGCCAAUAGCACAGUGAAUGUAUGCCAAAUGCAAAUCCAUUCCAAAAUCUAUUUGGAAAUCUUGAGCUCAGCUGUGGUUCUUAAGAAAUGUUUGCAGUUCAUAGAGCUUUUUUUUUUUUUGCCUCCUUCCAAUUUUGUGAUGGAUUCAUGAUGUUUACAGCACAGAUAAUACUUUGUGCCAUAAUACUAAUAUAGCUGAAGAAAAAAAAAUCAAUAUUAGCUGUUCAAUAAAGAUUUAUUUGCACAUAUGUUUUAAACCAAUGUGAGGGAAAUUACAGUUGGCCAAUAUUAAUAAAGUUGCACACUGCAUUGUUUGGGGAGCAAGAAAAAUCUGGUUGGAUAAUAUUGGGCUGGGGGAUAGCUCAGUGGUACAGCAUAUGCUUCGCAUGCACAAAGGCCUUAGGUUGGACCCCUGGCACCCUGAAAAGAAAAAAGAAUUGUUAAGAAAAAGAUGAAUACAGAGGAGUUUGAAAUGUACAACUUUUAUAAAUAAGUUUUUUCAGAGAUCAUAUUGAAUUUGUGCAGGCAGCACAGAUAGUAUUAAAACAGUCUGUGAAAUAGAACUUGAAGGUGUAGAGAUAACUGAAGAGAUAUAAAACCAUGUGACUCAUUAGAGUGCAGCAAUGGAAAAUUAAUAGCACAUCUAAAUAAGGUCUUUGCCACUGUUCAGUUUCCUUCUUGGCUCAGAAUUGAAUUUUAGAAACCCGCUCCCCAUUUUGGCAAGUAUAAACAGCAAUAAAGUUGGUAGAUUUUCCCAUUCUGAAGCAUUUUGCCUGAGGUUAUUACCUUAGGAAUACCAGCAGGUGCCCCCCUACACACACACCCUUUGUGUUCUCAUUGUAUUCUAAUUUAGCAGUAAUCUCUGGCAGACCUGGAAAAACAAGCUGCACUUAAUAGCAUAAUGAAACCAAAGGCAUAGCUCAUCAUAGUUUUCCAUCAAAUCAUAAUUUCACACACUGCCUACAGCGUUGAAAACAUUUUUUCAUAUGUGCAAAACUCCCCAAAACAUAUCCACUCGUCUCCCAAAGUAAGUGUGGUUGUGUAAUUACACUGAUAAAACAUCUCUCAUACAACAAUUGUGGCAAAACUGUGAAAAUAAUGGUGAGAAAACAGACAGGCUUUAGAGCAUGGACUUGAAAACAGCAUUCUUUAAAGGCUUUUGUAGCACUGGUAUCUGUCAGUUUCCAACAACAGUCUAGCAGUCCUAGUAUUCCGUAAGAUGCCUUUUGCCUUUGUAUGGUUUCAUGUCUUGUUAGUGGUGGUCAACACUUGGUGUUAAUAAACAAUUUAGGGGGAAAAACAUAUAUAUACUGCUUGGUGUUCUAACUCAAAGGUUUACCAGUAUUCAUAGUGAUAUGCUGAAGUGGCAGCAAUUAACUUGGCAGUUGUCAGUUGAAAAUGAAAGUAGCAUGUUUGAAAAUAGUCAGAUGCUUUAUUAAAACCAUGUAGAUGACUUUAAAACUAUUGCAUGAAAAUACAUCCAGGUUAAUAAGCUGUUAUCAUACAGUAGAUGCAUGGUUUCAGUCCUUUGAUGACAUAUCUAGUCAAUCAUUGCUUUCCUGCCAGGAAAAAUGAGAAAACAGUAUUUUCUAGGUGUGGAAGGUGGGGUAUGAGACAUCAGAGAUUGAUUUUAAGGAAGUUUUGUACCUGUCAUUUUGUAAUUGUGCACAAGUUUCAUCUGCCAACUUAGGCUGUAUUCAGUUUUCUUAAUAUGAAAAUUAUUUGACUCCGAUAAAUUCACUAUAUUUAACUGUAUCCCAUAGACGACUUCUUGCCUGUGACCAGAUUGAAUAAGAAUCCACCCAGCUUUCAAGGUAUCUCUUCCAAAGAAUCUCCUAGUCAGAUUGGUAUGCAUAAACAAUUGGUAGGAAUUAAGUUGGCUG